UACAUAAACAAUCAAACGAGACAGAUUCACAAAGCGGUGCUUCUCUUUGAUUAAAUCCCCCUUAGAAUUGUAUCUUAUUUAUUCCUCAUCGCGAACUUUCUACCAGCCCUCAAAUGCGUAACGCUGUUGUCGGUUAAGAUUUAUUGGGCCUCUCAGUCCACCAUGUCAUUGUUAGGCGCAAUUAUCUACGCCGAUGUUUAUGUACGUAUUAACAAUUUAGUGUACGUUAAUGAGUCUCUGUUUGAUAACUCUGCGUGUUACGGGUUUCUUUAGUUAGAAGACGCCAAUUUUGCCGACACAGUUAAGUUGUCGUGCAAUCGUAAUUGAUCAAAUUUACUGAUAACUCUAAUCGCGAUGUCUUCCAAGGACAAACCCGUGAAUGACUUGGAAAAUUGGCUCCCCCUCGGAGAGGUGGGUCUUGUUGGAAUUUCGCCGGUGUUUAAAAAAAAACCGUUCAGUAUUCUUCAUCGAAAGCAAUUAAAGGACAAGAGAAUCGUUCUCAAUGUGAGUGGGAGGAAGUUUGAAACUUGGGACUAUACUCUGAAGAAAUACCCUACAACUCUAUUAGGAAGCAGUGACCGAGAAUCCUUUUACGACUCACAGCGAAAAGAAUACUUCUUUGAGCGGGACCCUGGCUUUUUUCGUCACAUUUUGAACUAUUAUCGUUAUGGUAAACUUCAUUUUUCUCUGGAAGAAUGCGGCGAAUUUUACGAAGACGAGCUUGAUUUUUUUCGUAUUCCAACUGAUGCUUUGGGUUUGUGUUGUCUCGAGGAAUACCAUGACGCGAAUUCUGCUGUGUGUCGAAGAGAUUUGCCGUCAGAAGUUGAAGCGAUUCACCAUGAGUGUGUUCCUCAGCGUAAAACCUGCAGACAGCAACUCUGGUUGUUGUUUGAAAAUCCGCAAUCUUCAAAGACAGCUAAAGUUGUGUACUACAUAAUUGGAAUCGCCAUUAUUUUAAGCAUCGUUACAACCAUAACAGAGACGAUACCCUGCGGUGGAAGAACAUGUGGUGAAGAAUACAAGCAAGCUUUUCAAUACGUCGACGGCACUUGUGUUGUAGUCUUAACACUGGAGUAUUUACUUCGCUUGUUCGCUGCGCCUCACAGGUGCAAAUUCGUGAAAGAAUUUCAAAGUAUCGUGGAUCUUGCGGCGGUUAUUCCAUUCUACCUCGACAUUGGGUUAAAAAGCGCCGGUGAUUUCGAUGCCUUAACGAUUCUUCGUGUCUUCCGUGUAUUCCGCGUGUUUAAAAUGUCUCGGCAUUCCACGAGACUUCAAGCGCUAGGUUCAUCGAUAAAAAAUUCAUCCUCAGAGCUGGGAUUUAUUCUAUUUUCGUUUGGACUGGGUGUUAUUAUUUUUGCCACCGCUGUGUAUUAUGCUGAGAAAGAAGUCAAGGGCACAACUUUCUCUAGCAUCCCGGACAGCAUGUGGUAUGCUAUUGUUACUAUGACAACGACUGGCUAUGGUGACAUGUCACCGGAGACAGCGAUUGGCCAGAUCAUGGGAAGCGUGUGUUGUUUAGUGGGCACCUUGGUCAUUGCGUUACCUGUGCCAAUCUUGGAGAUGAAAAUGAAACUAGUACAAAAAAAACCUGCUGGUGAAGAAAACAACGAAGAACAAAAUAGCGGACAAGAUGGAGAAGCGUGACUCAAUUCAUGAUUGUUUACAACCUUAAAAGUGCAAUCUCAUUUUUCGCGCUCUUUUUCAGCUUUUUUCGAAAAAAAACCAGGCUUGGGAUUGUUUUCGUGACCAGUUGCUCCGCAAUUACCAUCCAUACUACUGAGACACGUUAAACGUGGAAAAGAGUUUACUGGAAAAUAAUUAAAUGAUUCAAGAUUAAGAUGAUAAUCAAAGAGAGGCAGCGAGUAACCCCACAUAACUCA